AUGGUAGAGAAGCUGUCAAGCACUUCAACAUCAACAGCGCGCUCGGCCAACGGCCUCCACAGUACAGAGGCAAAAGCCGAAUUGAAGAUUGAGGAAUUUGUACUACGUAGUAGUUCAAACGCGUGGGCGCGAUCACCUUCGUUCACGAGCGUUAUCUCCGACCUGAAUCCCAACACUGAGAGACGAAAGGUUGGGGCCAGUUGCACCUUUUCGCUUCGGGCUGGCCUCAACUCAAGACAGGCUCACGAUCUACGACCGCACAUCAAGACAGCGACUUCCAUUUUCUCAUGA